GCAGAAAGGUUUCUUGCAUUUUUUCCUUGAUAUCUCUCCAUUAUUGAUACGCUGAGUUUCAUGUUUUAUUAUAGAAAGUUUGCGCAAUCACCAUGGUUGAUGAAGAGAAAUGUAAGACGAAAAUCUAGCGUGACAGGAGAUGGCAUUUCUCGGGUGUUUCUCUUUCCUGGACAGGGAUCCCAAUUUGUAGGAAUGUGCGAGCGUUUUCAUAAGGAACCUUGGCUGCUGUCUCUGUUUGAUAAAGUCAGUUCAUGUGUAGGUUUUGACCUUCUAAAGAUGUGUCUUAAUGGACCAGAUGAGGAACUUCAGAAAACUGAGAAUUGUCAACUGGCAGUAGUUACWGCCUCCUUGGCAGCCGUUCAGUGGUGUCGUUACCAUGGGUACUUGGAGCAGCCUGGAAAUAAACUAAGUGACUCUAACGUUUGUGCUACAGCUGGUUUUAGUGUUGGCGAGUUUGCUGCCUUGGUUUUUGCCGAAGCAUUCUCAUUGGAUGAUGCUAUCAAAGUUAUCCAUUGCCGAGCCAAGGCUAUGCAAGAAGCAUCAGAGAAAACCCCUAGUGGAAUGGUGACAGUAAAAGGCUUAAAUGAAAAUGAAAUUCAAGAGCUUUGUACAAUAGCUAGUAAUGCUGUCCAAUCAAAAGACAGUGUAGUUAUAGCCAAUCAUCUUUAUACAAGAGGUCAUGUGAUUGCUGGGCCAAUGGACGCUGUAGAGUAUGUGUUACAGUUUGGCAAAUCAAAGCAUGGAGCAAGAGAUGUCUUCCAGCUUCCAGUAAGUGGUGCCUUUCACACUGCUUUGAUGUCCAGUGCUCAGCCUAUUGUCAAAGAAGCACUCGAUGCUAUUAGUGUCUGUCUUCCAGAGAUUCCUGUCUAUUCUAAUGUUACUGGAAAACCUUAUGAAUCAGUAGAAAUGAUUAAAACAUUAUUGGUAGACCAAAUAGUCCAGCCUGUACAGUGGCAAUCUCUUAUACAAAAUGUUAUCAAGGACUGGAAUCCAGACAUGUUUUAUGAAGUAGGACCAGGCAGACAAUUGACAGCUAUGUUGUACCAAAUUGAUACUAAAUAUAGACGACGCUGCAAGAAUAUCCAAGUAUAACAAGUGCUUUGGUCACCUAAAUAUACAAAACAGAUAUCAUAAUACCAUGGCCUGGUUUGUUUCGGUAUCUAUUUUUGUGAAAACGGUAAAUAUAGAGCCAUCAAACAUCUCACUACUUCCUUUCACCGAGAGGCAAUUACAGAAACUUGAAACUGUAUGUUAUUCGUAAUCAAUACCUCCCUUGGACAACCUGUCCCACGGACCUUUGAUUAUAGAGUUUUGAUACCAAGAAGAAGGUUUUUCAUUCUUUUUAUUACUUUUGAUAAUUGAAAAUUAAUAUUUAUGUGCCCAAUUUUCUUCUGUCUGGAGUUUCACCUCAAUGGUUUCAUAACACCAGAACAGUAUUUAUAAAUUCCAGACAAACACAAAAGCUUAAAAUAAUUAUUAUUGAUGUAUUUAUGAACUUUAAGCUCAACAAGACAAGUGGCCUCCUAGUCUAGUUCAAACUAGGUUAUAAUCAUCACAUUUCAAUUCAGACCGACGAAAACAUGUAAAGAUACUGUGAAAAUGUUGACAAACCUUUUUGGCCUUUAUUAAAAGCUAUUUUGAAUUCA